AUGGCUGAGAAUAGUCAUUUGAAACGCUUAAAAACUCUUAUAUUGGGACCUCAAUGGUUAACCGAAAUAAAAAAUUCUGCAAUUAAAGUGUUCUCAAAUUUUGAAGAAUUGUUAGAUAAUGUAUCUCAAGCAAGUAAUAAUGACGAUUCUUUUCGAUUGUUUGUUCCCAGUCAAUAUCUUAAAGAACUGAUCGAUAAGAAUGUUCAUAAGUUAAUACACGUCGAUUCUAUCAAUAUUUAUUAUAAUUCUGAAGUUGAAUAUCAAUUGCAUAUUGAGUCUUAUCAAAGUAUCAGUAGCAAAUUAAAUUUUCUUGCAACAACAGAUUUGAUGGCACGAGUUCUAGCCACAAUCCAUCCCUAUUUUAAUGACCAAGUAGGUCCUGAUAAUCAAUCGGUUUCAAAACCUACUGUUGUGAGACGAAGAAAAAAAAAGAAGAAAAGCAAACGAGUUGUUGUCUCGAAUACAAUUUCUUUCGACAUGAAAUGCCACAAAUGUUUAUCAGUAUUCGAUGAUCCUUUUCAACUUGCCUGUGGGCAUCGGCAAUGUAAAUCUUGUAUUGAUAAACAAGAAGGUACUAGCAUCAAAUGUGCCGAAUGUGAAGAAAAAACUCCACGAGAAGAAGUAUGGUUUGAUCGUGGCUUCAAGAAACAGCUAGAUCAAUUAAUAUCAACUAGUUGA